AACCCCAGGACUACUCGUCCGCUCUACUUCUUUCCUCUCGUCGUCCCUCCUCGAGCAUCAUGAACGGCCACUGCAACGUGCAGGUCAACGACGUGGCGGAGGAGUUCCACUGCAACAACGACUUCUCCGAGCUCAUCAUCGACGGCAAGAAGGCCGCCGGGCGCCGCGGCCACGAGACCUCCCGCAAGGAGGCCGAGGACAAGAGCCGGCUGCCCGCCCUGGAGGUGGCCUACACCAGCAUCCUGCGGGAGCUGGGAGAGGACGUGGACCGCCAGGGCCUGCUGCGCACGCCGCUGAGGGCCUCCAAGGCCAUGCAGUUCUUCACCAAGGGCUACCAUGAGACCGUGGACGACAUCAUGAACGACGCCAUAUUCGACGAGGACCACGAUGAGAUGGUGAUCGUGAAGGACAUCGACAUGUUCUCCCUGUGCGAGCAUCAUCUGGUGCCCUUCUUCGGCAGAGUGAGCGCCUUCUCGAGCCGUCUUUCGAGUCGGAAGACAACCUUUUUUUUUUUAACGUGUGGUCUCCAUGUCCCAGGUCCAUAUCGGAUACGUUCCCAACAAAAAAGUGGUGGGACUGAGCAAGCUGGCGAGGAUCGUGGAGAUCUUCAGUCGGAGGCUUCAAGUUCAAGAGCGUCUCACCAAGCAAAUCGCCAUGGGGCUAUCCGAGGCCCUGCAGCCAAAAGGUGUCGCCGUGGUCAUCGAGGCAUCGCACAUGUGCAUGGUGAUGCGAGGCGUGCAGAAGAUGAACAGCCGCACGGUGACCAGCUCCAUGCUGGGCAUCUACCUGGAAGACCCCAAAACCCGGGAGGAGUUCCUGAACCUUACCAAGCACUGAUGGGAUGGUCCUGACGUGUACUUCAAAACAAAACAAGAAGCAAAUACAGCAAAGCUUGAAAGACAAAUCACUGUGAAUUCAACAGAAUCUGCUUUUUUGUCCGUCUCCCCCACAAAGUAACAUUGUACAGUUUAAGACUUCAGCUUCUUUUCUUUCUUUCUUCCAUCGACAUUGGUGCUUUUACAAAGUGGUACUGUCUUCCUUUUUUUAUUAUUAUUACUGUAUUCAGAUUUGUACCACAUAUCCACAUAUUUGUAAUAUAGUAUAUGUAAAAUACAAGUUUUUUCCCCCUGUCUGUCCAUAACAGUAGAGGAAAAAAAGAUGGCGGCACUGACAGGAUAUUUUGCUUUUACAAAACCUGCAUCAUGUAUUUUGAAGCGUAUUUACUUUAAUAAAAG